AUGCGUUUAUGCAUUAUAAAAGAAGCUAAGUACGAUUAUUAAAUGGAGUUGUUUUAGGAGUUUAAAAUUACUUAUAGAACAGAAGAAGCAUUGUUAGUAAUUAAUAAUGCCUUGUGUCUUAAGAUUAAUCCAAACUUUGCAAUGUGUUAUAGUAGGAUGGGUAAUAAAGUAAACAUAAAUUUAAAGGCACUAUUAUGAGCUAUUUUAAAUAAAAGGAAAAUGAACUCUAAUAUUACAAUUAAGCUAUAUAAAAUGAUGGGAACUGUUAUUAUGCAUUCAUGUGUAAGGUAAUUUAAAAUGUUUAUUUUAAGGUUUGUAUUUAUGAGGAUGAAAAUAUGAUUGAUUAUUCACUUUGAGAUUUAUAUUAAGCAGUAGAAAUCAAUCCUUAUUAUAGUUUGGCUUAUUUUAACAAAGGUAAAUACCAUUAAGCUCAAUAUAUAAGCCCUUUUAUAUCAAAAUAUUGGUGAGAAGGACAAAGCAUUAAAUGACUAUAAUAAAGCAAUUCAACUUGAUCCAAAUGAUGCAGAAGCCUAUUACAAUAGAGGUAAAAACGAUUAUUAAUUAAAUAUUAGCCAUACUAUAUUAAGAAAUAGGUGAGAAUGAGAAAGCAUUAAAUGAUUUUAAUCAGGCAUUCCAAUUGAAUCCCAAUUUCGUUAAUGCAUUUUAUCGAAAAAGUGUUAUCGCUUUAUUAGGAUUUUAGGUCUUCUUUUAUAGGAUUCGCACAAUAUGA